CUCAGCAGGGUCAGGAGGGUCUAUCGUACAAGUGGUAUGUGUGCUUCUCUCGCGUCAGUGACUCCCUGUUUGAAUGCGAUUCCUGCGUUCUUCACUCAUCCCAUGUGCUGUAACAAAGAACCAUUUUUAAAUGAGCAUUUUUGACUUCAUCCGGCGGGAUAUUUAACGGACAGAUUCGCUUCCUUUUGUCCCUCGUUUUGACUGUAUGAGUGGCUCGUGAAGGACUGACAGGCGGCUUUUUGUGUGGAAUGUGAUAGAGACAAGAGACUGAGGUGUGUUCGUGUUUCACGGAUGUUACCGGGAAAAGAAGAGAGGGAAGAAGGAGCUUUCUUUCAUUUUAUGUUGCCUGUGGAUGUGACUUUAUCUCCGCCUGGGUUCAGCAGGACAUGACGGAGGAGCCCCGCCGGUGGAUUUUAUGGGGCUCUUGCUAGCUGUUGAAUGGCAAGAUGAACAAUGACUGUUGAGCCUAAUAGUUUUGUUUGGAUGCUGUUAUGUGAAUGCCUUGUUUUUAAACGCGCAGACAGUAAACGCAUUUUUAUCUCCGUGAAGUGAGAGCUAACGUUGGUGAAACUGAACACAGCACGGGGAGGAUCAGUUCAGGCGCGGCCAGGCAGGCAAACAAUGCGGAUUACCUCCUGACUGUUUUGCCUUUGUGUCAUACAGACCGUAUAAAGUUUGAGAUAACACUCGCAGGACGAAUACCCGGUCCUUUUUUAAUAGUAAUUUUAUUUUAUUGUCUUGGAAAAGAGACGGCUACAAACUGGCUGACAACAGAGCAACAGGGACAGCGAUGGCGAACGACUCCAUACAAAGUGACCCAGAUGGGCUGUCGGUUCUGGAGCAGCUCGGCCUGAACCAGAAUUCGGAUUUCUCCGAUUCCAGUGUGCAGCAGCUUCUAGACGAGCAGCGCGAAAGGAUCCGUAGAGAGAUUCGUAAGGAGCUGAAAAUCAAGGAAGGAGCUGAGAACUUACGGAGGGCAACGACGGACAAGAGGAACGUACAGCAGGUGGACAGCCAGUUGCGUUCUUCUAACCGCAAGCUGGACAACCUACAUGCUCAGCUGCAACAACUGGAUGCUCACAUUGUGGUGAAGGGAGGAGAUGAGAAUAAAGAUGAGUGUCCUCAGUCUCCAGGGGCCGAGAGUCGUACGUCAGCCCACAAGGAUCGCAUUGCUGCCCUGGAGAGACAGCUCAACAUCGAGCUCAAAGUCAAACAGGGAGUUGAGAACAUGAUCCCCAUCUACGCUAAUGGAUCCACCAAGGAUAAGAAGAUGCUUCAGACGGCCCAGCAGAUGCAGCAGGACAGUAAGACCAAAAUUGACAUCAUCCGCAUGCAAAUCCGCAAGGCUGUGCAGGCCACCGAGCACAACGAUGACACACAGGGUAACCAGGACCUCUGUGGGAUGGAGCUGCGUAUUGAAGAGCUGAGGCAUCACUACAGGGUGGAGCAUGCUGUUGCUGAGGGGGCCAAAAAUGUGCUCAGGCUCCUGGGGGCCAACAAGGUCCAGGACAAGAAAGCCCUGUCUGAGGCGCAGUCUCGUCUGAGUGAAGCUUCUCAGCGGUUAGACCUGCUGAGGAUCUCUCUGGACCAGCGUCUGGCCGAGCUGCCUGAGGACCACCCCAAGGCCAGCGUCAUCAAAGAGGAGCUAGUCCUGGCCUCCUCCCCUGUCUUCAGCUCUCGCCAUAGCGCCCCCUAUCACCACAACCAGUACAGCACCCUCAGCAAGCCCUCUCCUCUCACUGGUACUUUACAGGUGCAGGUGCUGGGCUGUGGGGGGUUGUUGGAGGUGGUCCCAGGUCGCAAUAAAGGGACAGCCGUCAUGUUGCCCUGCUACAGCCCUGGAGACACCAGGUCCUUCAUGAGAGGCAGCAAGGGACUCUACGGACGGAGCGGCUCAGUCAGCGGGAAGACGCCCAGCAAGACAGACGAGCUCUCCUCUGAAGUGAGUGCCGUGCUAAAGCUAGACAACAGUGUGGUGGGCCAGACACCUUGGAGGACUGUGGGAGAACAGGCUUGGGACCAGACCUUCACUGUGGAGCUGGAAAGGUCAAGGGAGAUGGAGAUUGCAGUUUACUGGAAGGACUAUCGCUCGUUGUGUGCUUUGAAGUAUCUGAAGCUGGAGGAGUUCCUGGACAACCAGAAACACAGAAUUCAGCUGGAGCUGGAGCCGCAGGGCCUGCUGCUGGCCGAGGUGACCUUCUUCAACCCGAUCAUUGAGAGAGUUCCUCGCCUCCAGAGGCAGAAGAAGGUCUUUUCUAAGCAGCAAGGCAAGGCAUUCCUUCGGGCUCGUCAGAUGAAUGUGGAUAUCGGGACCUGGGUGAGGCUGCUUCGAAACGCCAUUCCUACAGUCAACAACUCAGGAACCUACAGUCCCAGUGCACACAGCCUGACACUCAACUCUGGGGAGGUGUCAGUGGAGAAGUUGAGUCUGGACAGCGACUCUCCAAUAAGAGGCGAUUACAAGAGAGACAUGGACGCACAUACCCCGGACCGACUGCCAAUCAUCGAGCCCUUCUCCCCCCCAGACCUCACCCCUGAGUGCCCUGUCCAAACCCCAUCUGUCGGCAGUAAGCAGAGGAAAGGUCCUCUGUCUCUCCAGGACUUCAGGCUGAUUGCUGUGUUGGGCAGGGGACACUUUGGGAAGGUGUUGUUGUCAGAAUACAAGAAGACGGGCACGAUGUACGCCAUCAAAGCCCUGAAGAAAGGAGAUAUCGUAGCUCGGGACGAAGUGGAAAGUCUAAUGUGCGAAAAGCGCAUCUUUGAUGUUGUGAACCUGUCGCACCAUCCGUUCCUCGUCAACCUGUUUGCCUGCUUCCAGACUCCAGAGCAUGUGUGUUUUGUUAUGGAGUACACCGCAGGAGGUGACCUGAUGAUGCACAUCCACACAGACGUCUUCACAGAGCCACGGGCCGUGUUUUAUGCAGCCUGCGUAGUUCUUGGACUUCAGUUUCUCCAUGACCAUAAGAUUGUGUACAGAGACCUCAAGCUGGACAACCUGCUGCUAGACACAGAUGGUUAUGUGAAGAUUGCUGACUUUGGACUGUGUAAAGAAGGAAUGGGCUUCGGGGACCGGACCAGCACAUUUUGUGGGACUCCAGAGUUUUUGGCCCCAGAGGUCCUAACUGAUACAUCCUACACCAGGGCAGUGGACUGGUGGGGACUGGGGGUCCUCAUCUAUGAAAUGUUGGUGGGAGAGUCUCCAUUCCCAGGAGAUGAUGAAGAGGAGGUGUUUGACAGCAUUGUGAAUGAUGAAGUCCGCUAUCCACGCUUCCUGUCCACUGAGGCUAUCGGCAUCAUGAGAAGGUUGUUGAGGAGGAACCCAGAGAGAAGACUGGGAUCUGGUGAAAAAGAUGCAGAAGAGGUGAAGAAGCAGCCAUUUUUCCGAAAUGUGGACUGGGAGGCAUUGCUGCAAAGGAAAGUGCCCCCUCCCUUUGUGCCCUCCAUUGUGGGCAAGGAAGACGUCAGCAAUUUCGACGAGGAGUUCACCACCGAAGCUCCGGCGCUCACGCCUCCACGUGAGCCUCGCGUGCUCUCCCGCAAAGACCAGGACAGCUUCCGGGACUUUGACUACGUCUCUGACCUCUGCUAAUGGGCCGGGGGCUCACAGACCUAAAGGAAUGUUCGAUUUUGAAGGCUUCACGACGGUUUCAUCUGAGCGGACCGACUGUCUCAACUGAGUGACUAUCCGCUGACUGUUUGUCCGCCAUUAAUUACACUGUGAAUGAAUGUGGAGAGACCGGAGCCAGUCGUCUGUGUUUUGUGUGUAUGCAGGGUUUUAAAGAUGGAGGACUGAGAAAAUAAAAGCUGGGACGGAUAGCUGAUGGGGUAAAAUGUUGGACAAACGAAAGCCCCCUCUCAAAUCAUUGUACAACACACCAGUGACUCGUAAAUCUUUACUAACAUUAGCCUUUAAAAUGCCUCCUCCCAUACUCUCGUUUGUCAGUGUAGUCACCUGUGCAGCUGUAAGAGGAGGAGCUGUUGACUGUUUGGGGGUAGUUUAAUGGCCUCUCAUUCCAAUGCCUUACAUUUGUACUUGUAUUUGAUCCACAGAAAAUCAUUUUGUUUUUAUAUUGUGGCCCUUUGUAUACAGCAGCAGGAACAGUGGUAAGAUGUGCUGCAGAAACACUCUCAACUCAAAAAGAAAAAGGAAAAAGAGGUUUUGCCCGUGAGAGUGGAAGUGGUGACGUUCAGAGUGACUCUGUACUCAAAGCUUUCCCAGCAGUCGUAUGAUGAUGACCCUCAGUCCUGCUGGCCGACGCUAGGCGAAUUAUGAAUUAACUACGGGGUAAAGAACCACUUUCUGACUUUUGUUUAGACUUCUACCAACUCGUUUUCAAAAUAUGUGCUGGUUGGAUUUUAAUUUUUGCCACAAACGUGUAAAGAAGUCCUAUUUUAUGACCGUUGACUCCUCAACGCAUUAUUCAAUACCCACCACGUACUUUUAAAUUUGAUAUUUGGGUAUUAUACACAGUGUGAUAUUAACAGGUGAAGCAGUAAUUCUUUUUAAUUGAAAAAGAAAAAUCUGAACACUAAGACUUGAUGUUCAAGUAACAUUACGGAGUCUGUCCAUUUUGGGGUUGAGACACAUUCAUUCAGUUAUCUAUAUGCUACCAGAGUUUUGUGAACAUGAAGAAAGUAAUUUCCCUCCAAGACGAUUAUAUCUGACUUUAAACUCAACAAACACCGGCUCUAACUGUUGUUCUAGUUCCAGAACUAUCCAUUGUGUUCAUUGCAAUGUUUGCUAUCCAUUAUGUAGGUAGUGAUAAAAUCAUCUCUGUUUUAGCCAAAACCGAUUAAUAUCUUAGUGAUUUUGGAAAAGCUGGGUGGUUCCACAAGCAAAACUAACCUCAUUAGCCACUUUUCCACAGAAGAGCUUGCUGCAGUGAGUGCUGCCUUAUAUCCCAGCAAACAUUUGUUCAUUUGAAACACAAUGAUAAAUGUUGGAAAAUAUGAGCCAGUGGUAAACACUUUACCAAUUCUGGGUUUGUUGUGAAGCAGUAUGUAUGGUGGUGUGGAUCUUACUCCUCUUGUGUAUGACAAUACAAAACCAUGUGAGAGUAUGAGAUGACUUAUUUUAUAAAGAAAACCUGGAGUGAAUAUUU